GGCCGAUCGACCAUAAAUAUACAUUCGCUGAGCGUCGGUUCUUUGCGGCGUCCUGAAGGGACGAUUUCUAUCAUCAGCCGCGCAUAUCGCGGGACCAUGGUGAUUCGAUCGGAGUCGUGUGUCACCCGUAGAGUUCCUUUGCGACCGGCCAAGAUCGCCCAUCAACACCUAGGCAAUCAUGACAACGUCCGCUCGCGUGAGACGAGAUGAGGGAUGCCGUGUUGCCCGGAUUGCUGACAUUCCGCGCGGAAUUGUCCUGCAGACAGGAGACUCUCGCUGUUCAUCGGCAUCUCUCUCCCACUGUCCUGCCCUUUCGCCUUCUGCCCAUCUGCCCAUCUGCCCGCCCUCCUCUCUCCACAGCACCCUGCUUGGCGGUUUUGCAACGGCGGCCGAUUCGGCUCGGACCUACUGUGAACAUUUCCAGGGUCACGCAGAUGUAGCGGAGUAUUUUAGAUCUCAAUUCCCAAGUCAACCUGGGAAUUUGGUAUUCAUCACGGUGAUGUAUAGCAUUGGUGAUGUUAGUAUACCUACAGUGGUAGCGUGAGGAAGGCCUCGUCAUCUACACAUACCCAGCGCGAUGGAGCGUCCUUCUGGAGAGCGUAGGGAAUGCAGAAACACUCGAUGACGGAGAUCCAGUCCAGUAUCAUUACCUAGGCAUCGUCCGAACCCGCCGCCGCCGCUCUGUUUGUAAUUUAGUAUUAGACUACCACCCAAUUGAUUACCCUCCAGGC